ACCGCGGCCAGUAUUAUGACUCGUAAAUGCGCUCGGAGGAGAACUUUACGCUGCGCUAUCAUAACAUAUCAUGGAGCCAGUACGCCUUUUGAUAAAACUACUAAUGCUAUCCAGCUGGUGCACCGGGGAAUCCAUCGGGAAAGCUCUCGAAAAAUGCAUACUUCCACUCGGCAUGGAAGAAGGAAAGAUCCCGGACGAGGCGAUUACGGCGUCGUCCAGUUACGAGAUGAAAUCCGUGGGUCCUCAGAACGCAAGAAUACGACAAGAGAAGAACGGCGGCGCCUGGUGUCCGAAAGCUCAAAUCAGUAGCGCGAUACGUGAAUACUUAGAGAUUGAUCUGACGAGAGACCAUCUUAUCACGUGGACCGAAACCCAAGGUCGAUUCGGUAACGGUCAGGGUCAGGAAUAUGCCGAGGCGUUCUUUCUGGAAUACUGGCGGCACGAAAAGUGGCAUCAGUAUAAAGAUUUAAAAGGGAGCAAGGUUCUACGUGGCAACAGCAAUACAUAUCUGGUCGAGAAGCAGAAGUUGGAUCUGCCGUUUGUUGCGAGUCGAGUGAGAUUCGUCCCUUACAGUCAACACCCGCGCACUGUGUGCAUGCGAGUUGAGAUUUACGGCUGCAUUUGGAAUCAAUACAUGGUCAGUUACACCGCGCCCAAGGCUGAUAAAACCGGACCCAACGGCUGCAACGUCGAAGACAUGUCGUAUGACGGCACGGAGAUUGAGAAUCUGAUGUUGAACGGGUUGGGACAAUUGACUGACGGCAUCGUCGGAAGCGCACUUGAGAUCCUGGACUCCGAUAGGAUGACCAACUGGGUCGGAUGGCGCGAUCGAGGCCAAAUCGAGUUGCUCUUCGAGUUCCAAACUGUGAGGAAAUUCGCGAACUGCACAAUUUACAUGGCCGACCUGCCCGAUUUGCGUGUCCAGAUGUUCUCGACAGUGAACUUCUGGUUUUCCUCGGACGGCAAGGAAUAUCCGGGAAUGCCGGAAACGUUCAAUGACCUUAAAACCAAUAUCAUCAUUGAUGGCAGCAGCGAGAAAGAUGGUAGCGUCUCGGUAACUAUCCCGCUGCAGCCGAGAAUCGGCAAGUUUGUCAAGAUGGAAUUGAAGCCUAAAGCGGGGUGGUUGUUGCUAAGCGAGGUCACGUUUAUAAUAGUUCCAGAUGUGAAGAACAACACUGACGGAGCUUUGGAGCGAUUAUCGUGGAUAUACUCGAACAACAACGAUAACAUAUCCCAAAUGAUUAAUCAGGAUCAGCUGGCGAAGGUAAAACGCAUUGAAGACAAAGAGGAUAAGGAUGAGGUCGAUCAAAUGGACGUAGUUCAGGACGUAAACAAAAUAAAAAAUGAAGCUGACGACGAGGCAAAGACUAACAUUCAACAUGGUCGUGCAACAUCGGGAAAGCCGAGGGCUGAUUUCAACGAUACGAUACCUUUGUUGAACGACUCGAAUCUGACGCCGGACGCCUUUCCCGUGAACAAUUCGCAGACUUACAUCGGGCUGAUCAGCGCGGCCUUAACCGUGAUCGCCUUCUUCUCAAGCUGCACGAUCUUCUUGAUGAAGCAAAGGGGACGCAAUAAAGUGGCAUUACUGCAGAAACACACCGCGCUGCUGUGCGGCUCGCCGGCACCAGGCAUCACGAUCAAUACCAAGGACAUGAAACUACCCACACCGAUCGUCGUGAACAGUCUGUCGCAGUCCAGAUUGUCCCUGAAGAGCAAGAUCACCUCGAAUUGCGAUUACAAAUUCGACGUCGACGCGACUGAGCAGCACAGCACCUGUGAGAAGAUCAAUAAAAUGCCGUCGGAACAAUACGUCAAGUGCGAAGCCAGGUCGAGUUACAAAACGGAGCAUUUCGAUAUCAAAAACAGCGAGAACUUCGCCGACGAGACGCGAGCGGAAUGUGGAAUAAUUCCGACGACGGCGAAAAAACUGAACCACUCGCAGGCGGGGAAGAUUAAUCAGAGAGUGUACGAGAGUUACUACGCGGCUACGGACAUCCUGACGAUUAAGAGACGCGAACAGCAUUCCGCUGCAAGCCUCUUCACCCCUCUGCUCAUUCGGGACUCGGUGUUAUCGUACAAAUGUGGGACCCACGACGUUCAGCGUGUCUCUCGGCAUAGAUUAAGAAUCCUCGAUAAGCUCGGCGAGGGAAAUUUUGGCCUGGUCCACCUGUGCGAAGCGAAAGGCAUACAAAAUCCAGAUCUAGGCAUUCUGCAAAACCGUCAGAUAGUGAUAGUGCGGUCCUUGUGGCGCGGUGUCGUCGAUGCUCUAAGAGAGGACUUUAUGAGCGACAUGCACAUUUUGGCUGAGAUUCGUGACAUCAAUAUCGCCAGAAUAAUCGCGAUCGUCGAAGAAGAACCCUUUAGUGCCAUCUUUGAAUACGGAGAGCUCGGGGAUUUGUCAAGCUUCCUGAAGAGCCGCGACUGCGACACGCCUAUAAGUUACGAGUGUUCGUUAAAUCUAGUCGCGCAAAUCGCUUCGGGCAUGAAGUACCUCGAGAGCUUGAACGUACCGCAUUGCGAUCUGGCAGCCAGGAAUUGCAUCGUCUGCAAAGACCUACUGAUCAAAGUGUCCGACCAAGCCAUGUACUGCAGCAAAUACGAUGGCGAAUACUACGUUGAUGACUGUUACGCCAAAAUACCGUUACGUUGGAUGGCUUGGGAAGCAGUCAUAUCGGGAAAACGAAGCUGCCAGUCCGACGUUUGGUCAUAUGGCGUAACAGUUUGGGAGGUGUUGACGCGCUGCGAGGACGUGCCGUACGCUGACUUGACCUCAGAACAAGUGCUGGAGAACUGCGGUCUGUGGUAUCAUUCGUCGGACGGCAGCAAGAGCAAGCACCCACGACUUCUCGAGCAGCCGAUGUUCUGCACAGACGAUCUGUACCGGCUGAUGCUGAGGUGUUGGUGCAAACGCGCGGAUGAUCGACCCAAUUUCCAGGAGAUUCACUGCUACCUCAAGAAGCUGACUUUGGACUAAGAACGCGGACUCGCCGCUUCCGAGCGCAAUCCGGCGGCGGGCCGACAGAGGGGACGACACCAUGCAUGCUCCAGCAGCGGCGCGGACCAAAUCGAUUACAAUCAGCUAAGAAGCAUCCUGAGAUUGCUUUCUUAUCGCUUUUGCGCACGAACGGCCACGAAUUCGAAUAUCGCAAAUCGUCGCAGUCGUUAAUGAUGCCUAAAAUACAUCAACGUGGGAUGCUCUCUGGCCACUAAUCUUACUGCUCAACUAGAUUUAUCUAAUUUGAUUAUACGAAUAAGCGUAAGUUAAUGACUUAAUGAUAAAAAAGAAAGAAAAAAAAAAGAAAAAAAGAAGAAGAAAAGGAGUUUCAAACGCGACGGAUAAUCGCAUACAGAUUUCUCGUAAUUACUCUAUACGCGUACGCCCAGGAAUAACCCGAGGAUGAUCUCUCGACGAUUAUUUCCGCACUCGAAACACGCGUGUGAUUUCGAGCGAAGAAAUGAUUCAUCUAGAUUUAUUGAUUUACAUAUCCUUCCUACGCUUAUAUAUAUAUGUGAUACUUAUUUAUCAGUUAUCGUUAAGAAGAUCGUUCUCUCUAUUCGUUCCAACGCCCAUUACCCGGGCCGAUCCCACUUAAUGCGGAUCUUGUGCUGAGUUUAGCCACUUUGCCGAGGCUGGAUACUUUGUAUCAUCGUGAGAAUUCGUUGCAUGUAGCUGAAGCGAAGUAUUAUACAUAAAAUCGGCAUAGAGCGAGCGUCAAAAACUCGAUUACGUCGAUAUGUGUAACUUGAAGACGCAUCGCGAUUAAUGAAGGAUGACAAUCAGUUUUGCUCACUUACUCGUAUGUACUUAUUUUACGAAAUAAUAUCAUGAUAUAUACUCGUAUUGAAUCCGUUCGUUGCGACGGAUUCAGCUUAUCUAUCUUAGGGGAAAGCGGAUCGUUUGAUCUUCAAUCAAAUUUCGCAAUGACGCAAGAUUCAAAUAGAAAUACUCUUCCAUAUAUCCUUUCUUAUAUAUAUAUAUCUCUUAAACUAAGUCAUCCAUUUUUAUUCAAAGAUAUAUAUAUAUAUAUAUAUAUAGUAAUUCUCGCGGGAUGUAUUUUAAAACGUGGGCGUUCUUUGCGGAUCGUGUUAUUACUCGUCGUAAAUUUUUCCAAUUUAAGAGGGGGAAUUUGUGCCAAUUGAAGCGACCUGUGCCAAAGGAAUAACCAAAACUCGAAAGAACGCAUUUCAAGAUGAUUACGAGGUCUCUGAGGCCUCCG